AUGAGAGGAGAGGCGCCAUUGGAAUGGAGUCAAGACUCAGACCUCCUCCAAAAAUACGAGGCUCUUCUAUUAGGACAGACGGAUAGCUCUCACGAUGUUCCAAGCGAAAAGCGCGACUUUGACCCGCGACUACAAUCUGUCGUCAAAAACCAAAUCGCUGCCCUCGAGGAUUCACGACUGAAAAUCCCACUCGGUGGACGAAGCAUUGAAGUCAGAAAGCAGAUCCGUCGAUCUAUUGAAGUUGUCCUAUCCGCAAAAGAAAUUAUCUCAUCGGCAAUAAGCGCGCAUCCACAAGCCUCUCUUGCAUGGGCCGGAGUUUUGAUGCUAUUAGAUCUGCUAGCGAAAUCUUUUCAGCAGGAUGAAGACGCAAUGAAUGGGUUUGCGACUGUUUCGGAUCUCAUGGUUCGGUACAGGUUUUUGGAAGAGAAUCAGGCCAAGAUUUACUCGAAGACUGAUCAUAGUCAACUAGAGUCAGCUAAGGAUCUUGAAGAAUUAAUAAGAACAAAUACCGUCAAAUUGUACUCCAGCAUCUUGCAGUUUCAUAUGCGGCUCAUCAAGCAUUUCGUCCACUCGGGGUUCAUACGAUUUUUCCAGGACUGGGCGGUCACUGAUAAAUGGAGCGGGAUGCUGGAAUCCAUUCAAGCCCUCGAUAAGCGGAUAAGUGAUGAUUUGAGAGCAUUCGCUGGAAGCGAUGUGCAGGAGAUCAUAACUGAGCUAGGAGGGCCCAAGCAGGCGGUUAUAAAGUCUCUAGAUGGAUUGCUUGAAAAGUUCAUGGACUCUGAGCAACAAGACCUCCUCAAAGAACUACCUGUCGCAUUGGGAGCAAGAUUUGAUGCUCUGCAAGAUGCAGAUAAAUCGCAAUGCCUGAAAGGAACCCGAAUACAGAUACUCAGCCAAAUCCAGGCUUGGGCUGAAUCCUCCGACGAAAGCCAGGUCUUCUGGCUAACAGGAAUGGCCGGCACGGGGAAGUCUUUUAUUUCGCGCACAUUUGCUGCAGCGUGCCAAAAUCGAACAUCAUUAGUGCCUGACGGGACUCCCCUGUCAGAAAAUCUCUGCCUCGGAGCUAGUUUCUUCUUCGACAGGACCAAAGCUGAGCGUAAUAGAGCCGACAGACCUCUAACUUCUAUCUCUAUGGGACUAUCUGAGUCAUUCCCACCGAUAACCGACAAUAUUUGUCAGGCGAUAUCAGAUAAUCGGUCAAUUGGGACUCAGCUAUGGAGCAACCAGUGGAACCAAUUGAUUAUUGGCCCACUUGUAUCCCUAGAAGAGAAAGUUCUCUUACCUGUGACCCUAGUCUUGGUGAUAGACGCUCUUAAUGAAUGUAUAUCCGAGGAUCCGGCGCAGUCCCAAAAGGAUGUGCGUGACAUUGAACAAAUUCUGCAACUUAUGACAAUGGCGCGAAAACUGCGAAGCAUCCGCCUGAAAGUCUUCAUCACCAGCAGACCAGAGAUACAUUCACAGAUUUGUGCUAAAGCGCUCCCUAAGGAUUUUUGCUAUGAACUUGAACUACAAGAAGGCCUUGUGACGUCUGACUCGGAUGAAGCAGAUGAUAUAAGCACUUACCUGCAGUACAAAAUGAAUAUUAUUGCGAGGCAAAAUUUGACUAGCCGCUUGGACCCAGGAACUGAAGAACAGCCCUGGCUGAGCCAAGCCGAAGUAGCGAGCAUUUUUCAAGAUCUUGCUAUAAAGGCAGAUGGACUCUUCAUCUACGCAGCGACAGCAUGUCGUUUUUUGGAAGGUGUAGAGAGCGACAGAAUUGACCUAGACGACCGUUUGCAGGCACUCGGUGACGGAGCAGAAGGGGAAUACUCUCAGAACAAUCUAGACCAGAUCUACAGCCAGAUCUUACGGUUCUCCAUCAUUCACAGCCAUCGAAAAACAAAGGUUGAGAAAAGGAAGUUUUACGAUCUGUUUCAGCGAGUAAUUGGGGCCGUUAUCAUGUUAGCUGAGCCAGUGUCAAUCACCAUCCUUGGCGAGCUUCUACUCUUGUCUGCAAGUGAGAAAAAUAAAACACAAAGCCUUUUGAAUACUCUAGGCUCAGUUCUAUCAUUUGGAGACAGUGAAGACUCCACCAUUCAGUUACUCCACUUGUCCUUUCGCGACUUCUUGCUUGACCAACCGAAGGGAAGAUGUCUUCUGGACGAAUUUCGCCUGGACCCUAAGAAAGCCCACACGGCUCUAUUUCAAUCUUGCUUAGAGGUCCAAAAUGGUACUUUAAAGGAAGACAUAGCCGGUCUUGGAGACUUAUAUGGUUACAAUGAAGAAAAUGAGUCUGAGUCAUUUUGGUUGGGCCAAAACGUCACAAUUCGGGUGCAGUAUGCCUCCCAGUACUGGUUAUAUCACCUACAAGAGGCUCAUCUCGAGCCCAAGGAUGAUGAUGAAGUCCAUCAGUUUCUUAAGGAGCAUUUCCUGCACUGGCUUGAGGUCAUGGGGGUCACUAAUAUGAUACCGGAGGCAGCACAUGAUGUGCUAAAAUUUUCGGACUAUAUUGAUGCUCUGCCUCGCGAAGAAAGGACUCAUCUGCAUGCUAUGCUGUUUGAUAUGACGCGUAUUUGCCGACAAACGUUCCAGAGUUCGAUACCAAAAUUAUUUUUCCAGCUUCCGAAAAUGAAAAAAGACUGGGACCCACUCCUACAACUGAUUAAUGAGGAUGCAGGUGACGAUAUAAUCAUAUCAUCAGAUGGCAAGAUUCUUGCCUCUUUCUCGUCGAUCAGUCAGGUUGUUUCCGUCUGGGACAUGGCGACAGGGACGCUUUUGCGGGAAGUCGAGUCGAACACGGAUGUAUCGACUUGUGUAUUCUCGAAUGACGAUAAGCAGAUUGUAUGUCUCGACUCCUGCGGUCGCCUUACGGUUUUGGAUACCGAGUCGGGUGAGAUAAUUGAAGAGAUGACUGUCCCCGGUCUGUCAGGGAUGAGUAAAUCUCAAGUGAUAUCAGAAAGCGGGACACAUGCUCUUGUUGCAGGACUUCUCGACGAGGGAGUAACUCUGCUCGACAUCAAAAAGGAGACGACGAAAAGAAUUGACACUGACGCCGAUUACUCCUCCAUUUUCUCUUUUUCUCCAGACGGAGGCAUUUUGGAAAUCGCAUCUUCUGGCGGUGUUGUUCAGCUUUGGGACACAGACGGCCGUGUCGCAAGUGACUCGUCAGAUGAUUCGUCGUCAAGUCAUUGGAGCUAUCAUUCUCCUGUAGAAAGUGUCGCAUUUUCACUCAACGGGAAACUCAUGGCAAGUUCGGGUGAAGUCGAUGAUGAGGAAUAUUAUUAUGAUGACAUGAGUUUUGAGGACGAUAAAAUCAAGAACAAGGUUUCUUUCUCGCCUGAUGGCCAGGCCAUCGCAUCCUGGACCAGUGAGACAAAGCUCCGACUCUGGGAUAUCGCAACCGGAGAACUUUCAAGAGCAAUGCCUGCAGAACAUCCCGACUUUGAGUUUUCGCCAAAUGGGAAGUUCCUCGCCUCAGGGUUGUUUGGCCGGCAUAACAGGACGGCAUCUAAGAUUGAAAUUUGGAAUACGGCGACUGGUGAGCUGGCAAAUAUCUUUGACACCCAUAUGGACGAUGUCAAGAAUAUUGCAUUCUCUCCCAAUAGUCAGACCCUCGCAUCUGUGUAUCAGUCGUCGAACAUCCGAUUCUGGGAUUUGAGUUCAAUAUCAGCCUUGGAGGAGAUUGAAUGCCACCCAGACGGAGUAUACAAGCUCAUGUUGUCGUUUGAUCAGAAACAUGCAAUCUCAAUUUCUGCAAGCCACGUUGGUCUGUGGGAUAUAAAAGCUGACACCCUCUUGCGGCUAAUACAGGUGGAAGAGGCAGAUGAGUCAUUUCCAUCCCCUGAAUGUAACAGAAGUGUGUUCUUGAAAGAUGGGCGUCGCUCUGGAGCUAAGGAGCUGUGGAAAAUUGUCACAAACCAGCUUGUUCAAGAUUUUGGGAGAGCGUUUCUCGGCGACGGUCAGGAUGAAGAGGACGAAGGAGAAGAAGAGGGAGGAAAGGAGGAAGAGGAGGAAGGUGGCAUUCCCAUAGUGAAGGUCUGGGAUGCGGCCACCGGCAAAGUGAUCCACACUUUCACCAACGAAUACAAAUACGUCAAUCAUCUGUCAUUCUCUCCAGACAACAAACUUCUAGCAUUCGGUCUAGAGGAAUGGCCAUCAUGGCAUGGAUCAAGGAAACCGAGAGUUGAAAUCUGGGAUGUCAAGGCACAAAGAUGUCUCUUUGAGAAGGAUACCUCGUUUGGCAAUAUGACACGAAUUGUAUGGACCAACGACGGAACACAGGUCACAUUCAUAGGUGAAAACUUGGAGGCUGCCUACUUAACCUAUAACCUCGUGAAGAAGACCGCCAAAAAUCACGCUCCUGAUUGGAACGGCGUUGCAUUCUCAUCUGAUGGAAACCUCGUCGCGUCCUUGGCUGGCUCCGAUGAAUUGGCUCUAUGA